GCUGGUCUAUGAGCUGUUGGCGUCGCUGAUCCGGGGGAACCGCGCCAACUGCGCCCUCUUCUCCACCAACCUGGACUGGUUGGUCAGCAAACUGGACCGGCUGGAGGCCUCCUCGGGCAUCCUGGAGGUCCUCUACUGCGUCCUCAUCGAGAGCCCCGAGGUCCUCAACAUCAUCCAGGAGAACCACAUCAAGUCCAUCAUCUCCCUCUUGGACAAACACGGUCGCAACCACAAGGUCCUGGAUGUCCUCUGCUCCCUCUGCGUCUGCAAUGCGGUGGCCGUUCGCUCCAACCAGAACCUCAUCACCGAGAACCUCCUGCCCCGAAGGGACCUUCUCCUCCAGACGGGGCUGGUCAACUACGUCACCAGCUUGGAGAACCUUCCUAUGGGGCUGGAGGACCUCGCUAUGGGUCUGAGACCCCUUGCUAUGGGUCUGGAGAACCUUGCUAUGGGGCUGAGACCCCUUGCUAUGGGGCUGGAGAACCUUGUAGGGGAAAUGGGACGUUCCUAUGAGCUUGAAGAACCUUCCUAUGAGCUUGGAGAACCUUCCUAUGGGGCUGGAGGACCUUGUUAUGGGGCUGAGGACCUUCCUAUGGGUCCGAGCCCCUCGCUAUGGGUCUGA